ACUAACUGCAAUCACCUAACCGUUGCCGCUAGUGACGAACGCGCGCAGCUAGGAUCGCGACGCAGGAGUUCGCGCGCGAUUUGCAUAUUAUUCAAAAUUCGAACACUGCGAAUAUUACGUUACGAACUGAUGUUUAUUUGAUUUAAAAAAAGAAAGUUUAUUUUUUUAAUAAAAUAGGUUUUAUUUCAUUAGACUGACUUUGUAAUAGACUAAGAAAAACGCAAGGGCCACUGCAAAUGAAGCCUAAGUGAAGUGUGAUGAUAAAAGGUUGUGAAUAAAUAUUAAUUAAAAGAUUCAAACAAAAAACUUAAGCAUUCGAGACAAUUCAAAAACCAGGAAAUCUUCAGUAUACAUGCGUCAUGAAAUGAAAAAAAAAAUCACUUGGAUACGCGUGACGUAGUCAUGGCUGUGGAUAGCAAAAAUGCGGAGAAUAACAAAACUGCUGAUAAAACUCUUAAUGUUAAUGGUGGUGACUUAAAUGGAACUAAUGUAAUUAAAAAUCGUUUUAGUAAAACUAAAGAAUUCGAUAAUAUGACAAACAUAAAGUUGGAUAAAGAACAUGAAAGUAACAAAAAUGAAAAAGUGGAAGAAGAAAGUUGGGAAGGACUAAGUCAUUUUCAAAAAUUAAGACGUAUGAUCUCUCUAAUUACUGUGGAACCUAUUUUGGCUUGCUAUGUGAUGCCUUCUGUUUUGUCUGUGCUUGCAACACAAAACCUUUAUUUAGAAAAAGCUUGUAGAGUGAACCUUCAAUUCGAUCACCAUAUUUGUGAUGCUUUGACUCGAAGAGAAACAGCCAAUUAUACUGCAGAAGAAGAAGCUGUACAGACGUUAGUGGCAUCAGUAACGGGUUGGAAGACUGUGCUACAGUCAUUCUUGCCAUGUGGAAUACUAAUAUUUCUUGGAGCAUACAGUGACAGAGUGGGACAGAGAAAAAUAUGUAUGCUGUUACCUAUCAUUGGCGAAUUUUUGACGAGUAUAGGCUUGAUUGUGAAUACUUAUUUUUUCUAUGAAUUACCCGUGGAAGUGGCGGCUGUGACUGAAGCUAUAUUUCCUGCAUUGACUGGUGGCUGGUUUACCAUGUUUAUGGGAGUGUUUAGUUACAUAGCAGAUAUAACUACGGAGGAACAAAGGACGUUGAGGAUAGGCAUUGUGAAUCUGUUUCACUCUGUAGGUGUGCCAGUUGGAGCAGCUCUUAGUGGAAUAUUGGUGCGAAAGAUUGGCUUAUACGGUGUGUUCUCAGUUAGUGCAACAUUGUACGUUUUGAGUUUCAUCUACUGUUUCGUGCGCAUCAAAGAGGUGAAGAAGUCCGAUACGUCUGUGAAAUCAGCAACCAAUCUCUGCGAAUGGCUGCGAAAUUUCUUCGACACUCGAUAUGUGAAGGAGACUGUUAUGGUGACCUUCAAGCAAGGACCGAACAACCGUAGACUGAGGGUCACUAUGCUGGUCAUCGUGAUGUGCGUUAUUAUUGGACCUAUUUAUGGUGAAAUGUCAGUAAUGUAUCUCUUCACGAGGUACAGGUUCAACUGGAACGAGGUGGAUUUCAGCAUGUUCUCUACUUACUCCAUGUGUACUUCAUUAGUAGGUACUUUAUUUUCGGUCGGUGUAUUUAGUCACUUACUGAAGUUUGAUGACGCCAUAAUCGGUGUUAUUUCAUGUACGAGUAAGAUUCUGGCAGGCAUUAUGUACGCUUUCGCUACAAAAACCUGGCAUAUUUAUAUAGCUCCAUUGAUAGAAGUAUUUAACGGAACGUCAUUCAUAGCGAUGAGGUCAAUGGUCUCCAAAUUGGUGGACAGAGAUGAACUGGGUAAGGUGAAUUCCUUCUACGGUGUAGCUGAAGCAAUGAUGCCCUUAAUCUACGCUCCCAUGUAUACUACAGUAUAUACGAGUACCAUCAAGACCUUCCCAGGAGCAUUCUUCCUUCUUGGUGGAGCACUUACUAUGCCAGCUGUUCUUAUAUUUUUGUGGUUGUACCUGGCAAACAAAAAACACAUUCAAGCAAACCUCGAUAAUGAAGCUAAACUUAGAGCUGAUGCAGAGAAGGUUGGCAUAGAAAACAAAGCCUACGAGACUGAUGAAACUGAGAAAAAAGAAAUUGGCAAUACGACAGACGAAAAAGAAGAAACUGUUCUACAAUCACAAAUAGAAAUGGGAUUUAUUGAAAGUAUUGUAAACAAUAGUAAGGUACAACACUAAGAUAAGAUAGAUGCCGUUAUGGGUGUAAAUAAAAUUAUAAAUAUAAUGAAACUUAAUAGAAAUUAUCAAGUGGGAGAUUAAGUAAAAAAGGAAAUGGCAGAUUAGUCUUAGGAAUGUAUUCAAUGCAUGACUCGAAAAUAUUAUUUGCUUUCCUUUGAGGUUCACAUGUUAGGAAUUCCCAGAACUAUUCAUAAAACAUGUUACACGUGAUGUUGUUUGUAAAAACUGAUUUAAUUGUGACUGUGAUGAUUAUAAUAUAAAAAAAUAUAUAUAUUUAGCUACAUCUAGCUUGCUUAGGUUUUCAAGCUUAUGUACUGUUCGUUUCUAUCGCCCUUAUACAUGUUAGUACAAGUGACUAAAUUCUGAAGAGAAAAUAUUUCAAUGUUCCUAUAUAAAUAUAACGACUAUUUGUUUAGAUGCUAAAUCAGUUUCUUCAUCACUUAAUAGGACUUCUUCCGCAAUAAUUUUACGAUGACGUUUAAAGAUUACUGACAAGAAUUUUAAUUAAGUGAAGCCAUGCUAUUCCUGUAGUACAUUUUUUUGAAGGGGAAACAUCAUCCAAUAAAUUUUUGCUCCUUGGGUGAGGCAGGAGGGAGUGUUAGAUUCUUACUGACAAAAAACCACUCCGUUCCUACUCCUGCCAUAAGCCGGAGUUCUGGUAGCUCGCUAAGCACAACUCCGUCCCCGUUGCCCCUAAUAAUAAGGUUUUAAAAAAAGCAAAAAAUUGUAAAAGUUGAAUUCGAAACAUCUGUUAGAACUUUCGAUGGAAGAAUGAAAAAAUAAUUGCGAUGUUUUUUUUGGUAGUGAUAUAAAAAAUACGGUGGGCUGGUCCUUUACGUACGAUCAGUCAAAAACGUUUAACCUAUGACUAUUAUGACUACUGUAUUAUUUACCUGAUGUUGUGUUUUGAUGUAGUAAAUCUAAAUUUCAAUUGUAAUGGUUAACGACAAUCACUUCGGGUAUCUUAUCUCUUUUAUAAAAAAAAACAUAAUUAUAUUUUAACUGACUUAUUAUAAAAAAUGACGUAUAUAAAAUGAUGACAUUUCAGAUUCUUUUCGUUUAAACCUUAGAUGUAAUAGUGUAUGGUACAAACCCUUUCAAGCCCCUUUUAGAAAUUAUUGUUUUAUUAACUUUUAAUGGCAGAUGAUUGCUUUGCAAAAACGAUCAGGCUAUACGAUUCACUGAUCGAUAAAAGUUAAAGCAUUUUUAAAUAAGCCUAGAAGACUAAAAAUCGAUUUUUCUGUAAUACCUAUUUAUGAAUCGUGAUUAAAAAGACGAAAGAGGAUUUGUAUAUUUCUGUUUUCAUCUUCAUCUACAUACCGAUUUUUAUUUCGUUUUAAAAAUAAACUUAUCGUGAGGCUGGCAGUUAUAUUUUUCAGAUACCUUAGUAAGUAGCAAGACAAAGUUUUGCAAACCCAAUGAAGUGAUAUAUUGUAAUGUAUUUAGUAAUAAGUUAAUUGUACGUAGUUGUUAUCGUUAUUAAUAUUGUGUGAGUACUUAUUCCAUGAAAAUAAAGAAAUAUUUUUAAAUUUU